GAGACCGGUAGCAGCGCCUCGGCGAGGGUCGAACGCUUGGUUCUCCGCGGCAGGAAGUGCGGGACGGAGCCGUAACUGCCCGAACGGCGCGGCGGCGCUCACCUGCCAGUAUCCGCUCCCGAAGCGGCUUCCUCCUUGGUGGGGCCCUCAGUCCACUGGCCUUCUAUCUUCCAGGCUUCCGGAACUGCGGAGUAGGAGUCAGGGGGCAGCAGCUCCGCCUCCGCCCGGAGGCAGCUGGACCGCCCCUCCGGUUUCUGCACUUCAGGGAUCUUUCCCCCAUCCCAGCCCUGGCGUGAACGUCCUUCUGGACGUCUUCCUGGGGUUCUCCCCUCGUCCCCAAGGCUGGCAGGAUGGUGUCCUGGAUGAUCUGUCGCCUUGUGGUGCUGGUGUUUGGGAUGCUGUAUCCAGCUUAUGCCUCCUAUAAGGCUGUGAAGACCAAGAACAUUCGUGAAUAUGUGCGCUGGAUGAUGUACUGGAUUGUCUUUGCACUCUUCAUGGCGGCAGAGAUCGUCACAGACAUCUUCAUCUCCUGGUUCCCUUUCUACUAUGAAAUCAAGAUGGCCUUUGUACUGUGGCUGCUCUCGCCCUACACCAAGGGAGCCAGCUUGCUUUACCGCAAGUUUGUCCACCCAUCCCUGUCCCGCCAUGAGAAGGAAAUUGAUGCAUACAUCGUGCAGGCCAAGGAGCGCAGCUAUGAGACCAUGCUCAGCUUUGGAAAGCGGAGCCUCAACAUCGCCGCUUCAGCUGCUGUGCAGGCUGCCACCAAGAGUCAGGGUGCGCUGGCUGGCAGGCUGCGGAGCUUCUCCAUGCAGGACCUGCGUGCUAUCCCCGAUGCCCCUGCCCCCACUUACCAAGACCCCCUCUACCUGGAGGACCAGAUACCCUGCCAGAGGCCACCCAUUGGGUACUGUGCAGGAGGCAUGCAGGACAGUGACACAGAGGAUGAGUGUUGGUCAGAUACUGAGGCAGUCCCCCGGCCACCAGCUCGGCCACGAGAGAAGCCACUGAGCCGCAGCCAGAGCCUACGCGUGGUCAAGAGGAAGCCACCAGUGCGAGAGGGUACUUCACGCUCCCUGAAGGUUCGGACGAGGAAAAAGACUGUACCCUCUGACAUGGACAGCUAGGGGCUUCAGCGCCUGGCCCAGUCUUACCUUGUGCCCUGCAGGGUGCCUGGGGCUACUUGGAGGGACGUUUGUCCUGCCUGUGCCUGCUGCCUUGACGCCAAUCCUCCUGGCUCUUGCUGAUGGUUAAGGGCCAGGGCCACAUGCAGGGAUGCACCCACAAUGUACCAAAGUAGCCUGGGCCUGGGGUUCUAUUUAUUGCCUUUCUCAGACCUCAACCUUCCCCAAUUGUGGGAUCAGAGCCCCUUCCGGACCUUAAACUCCUGAAAUUGAAACCAAAAGUCCACCCAGCUCUGUCCAUUCCUUCCUGUCCUUCAAAGUACUUGACAGCCUUUUCCAAGGCCUGGUGUGUGUGUCCUGGCUGUGUGUUUUUCGUUGAUGAAUGAGGUCAGGUUUGUGAACAUUUUGUUAAAUAAAUAUAUC